GACUGUGCGAGCGAGCGACCCGCGCAGACAUGCUGCUGGUGGCCGCCCUCCUGCUCGCGGCCCACCUCGGGCCCCCGCCGGCCCACGCAGCGGCGUGCAAAGGGUGUGCGCCCAACUUGGCCGCCUGCGACUGCGACGGCAUCAAGGGCGAACCUGGCAUCAAGGGCAUUCCCGGCAUGCCGGGACACGAGGGCCUCCCAGGCGACAUGGGCCCCGAGGGACCCUUCGGCGUCAAGGGCGAGAAGGGCGCCUACGGAGAGUUUGGCUCGCAGGGCGACAAAGGAUACAGGGGCGACACGGGCGUUCCCGGCUUUCCAGGCACGCGCGGCAUGAUGGGCUUGCUGGGAGACUCAGGGCCCGCGGGACCGCAAGGUCUGCCCGGCUGCAACGGCACGGACGGACGCCCCGGCCCACCUGGCCCGCCAGGGUACUCAGGGCGACGGGGUCUCCCUGGGCCUGACGGCCCGGACGGGCCACCAGGUGACGCGGGCGAGGGAGGCAUCAACAGCUUCGGCACCAAAGGCCAGCAGGGAGAUUCGGGCUUCGAUGGGCCUCCCGGUGAGCCAGGGUACGUGGGAUUUGAAGGAAUACCAGGUGCGCCAGGCAUGAUGGGCGAUGCGGGUCCGAUCGGCCCUGAGGGAGCCCCGGGGCCGCCAGGAGACAAGGGCGAGAACGUGAUGGGCUCGAAGGGCGCAAAGGGACCGAGAGGUGACGUCGGCGAGCCAGGCCCAGUGAUCGUCGAGUUCGUGGGCAUCGACACGAAGAAACUGAAGGGCGUCAAGGGCGAGAAGGGCUACAAGGGUGACCAGGGGUACCAGGGAGCCGAAGGCGUGCCCGGAGAGGACGGCGUCCGCGGCUACUCGGGGCAGCCGGGUUUCAAGGGCACCAAAGGGGCGCGGGGCGACGACGGACCGCGCGGCAAGCCCGGCAAGGAGGGGCCGCUGGGCCCCGCGGGCUUCAAAGGCUUCAAGGGGGCUCCGGGUUACGCGGGCAUCGACGGCCUCGACGGCGCCAAAGGCCCCAUCGGCGAGUCCGGCAGACCGGGACGGCCGGGAAGACAGGGCGAGGAAGGUCCUCCGGGGGUCUACGACCCCACGCUCGACCUCGGAGGCCAACUCGGCGGCCAGGGGCCGCAAGGCCCCGUGGGACUGGACGGACCACCGGGAUUCAACGGCCUGAAGGGCGCCCAGGGCCUGGUGGGCCUUCGCGGCCCCGCCGGCCCGCCCGGCGACCCUGGCGUGCCCGGAUUGAGAGGCCCCAGAGGAAUGUCCGUCAAGGGUGAGCCCGGCGACGACGGCGUGGCCGGCGAACCCGGCUCUCAGGGCCUGAUCGGCAUCCAGGGCAUCCCUGGCGGUCAAGGCGAGAAGGGCUUCGCGGGCCUGGACGUCGUGGGCCCCAAAGGGGCCGACGGCACGGACGGGACGGACGGCUACCCUGGCCUCACCGGUGACCUCGGCGAGGUCGGCGACCCUGGUCCACCCGGCCGGCCCGGCGGCGGCGUCGACGUCGUCGGCCCACCUGGCGAGGACGGCCUGCCCGGCUUUCCUGGCGACGCCGGCUUCAACGGCAUCGACGGCUUCCCGGGGCCCAAGGGACCCAAAGGUCUCCGCGGCGACGACUGCGGAUUCUGCCCUGACGGUCGGCCAGGAGUGAAAGGAGACGGCGGCGACGACGGAAGGCCCGGUCUGCACGGGUACCCUGGGAAGCCAGGACUGCCAGGUGCAAGAGGCCCAAAGGGUCCGAGGGGCUUGGACGGACCGAAAGGACUUCGAGGCCCCGCGGGCCUGAACGGACAGCAGGGAGAAAUCGGACAGUCGGGCGAGCGAGGCCCCGACGGUCAAAUAAGAGACUUCCGCGACAGCCAAACGAUCAUUCCGGACAAGGGCGACCCUGGCUACCGCGGCCUGCCGGGCGAACCUGGCAUCAGAGGUGACGAAGGCGACGCCGGCCUGCCAGGUUUGCGCGGCGAAAUCGGCAAACGCGGCGACAAGGGCGAGUGGGGCGAGGUCGGCAUUCAGGGCCGUGACGGAUUCGACGGAUUGAACGGUCUCAACGGCGAGAAGGGAGACGCGGACCUGCGACCUGAAUACGUCCUGAUCGGUCAAAAGGGCAUCACCGGUCGAAAGGGCCAGAUAGGACAGCCAGGUGACGAUGGUGUCCGUGGUAAAAUGGGCGACGUACCUGAAAACAUUUUGAGAAGCUACGGAGAAGCAGGCGCCAGGGGAGAACCUGGCUUCAGAGGACCUGACGGCUACCCUGGGGAGAAGGGUGGAGUUGGUGAAGCUGGCUACGAAGGAGCCCCUGGCCUCAAGGGCCGCCGGGGAACCUCUCUGCCAGGCAUUCCCGGAUACAAAGGACACCAGGGCGUGCGCGGCGAGGAAGGUCCCAAAGGACCUUUCGGCCUCCCUGGCAGGGACGGAACCCCAGGAAUACCGGGCAUCAUCGGUCCCAAAGGUGAUAGAGGCGACAACGGACUUUCAAUUCUGGAGGGCGAAAUGGGAUUGCCAGGGCGACCUGGUUCUCCCGGUCCUCGAGGUGACGACGGCCUGUUUGGCUACGAUGGCUUGGCCGGCACUCUCGGCUACACAGGAGAAAAGGGUAACAAGGGUGCGCCUGGACCUGCAGGCUUUACCGGACUCAGGGGUCGGAAAGGCUCGAGGGGUGACAUCAGGGUGGGCCCACCUGGGCUGCCCGGCUCGCCAGGGUUGCCUGGACUGAGCGGCGUGUUCGGUUCGUUCGGAUUCCGCGGCGCGGACGGCUGGAACGGCACCAUGGGCGUUAAGGGCGUUAAAGGCGACCCUGGACGACCCGGCCCUGCCGGCCGACCUGGCAUCCCUGGCGAGCCCGGCCUGCCCGGCUUCAACGGUACCGACGGCCUUCCGGGCACUCCGGGAACCUUUGGCGACAGGGGAGACAACGGCCUGCCAGGGUUGGACGGACGACCUGGUCCUCAGGGACUGAUCGGACUGCGCGGCCGCAAAGGGGAAAUCGGCGACGAGGGACCUGAAGGUCGCAAUGGCCUGCCGGGACGACCUGGCAUGAAGGGCAUGGCCGGCUUGCCGGGGUACCCUGGCAUCAACGGAGAACCUGGCGAUAAUGCGUUUAGCGGUCCGAAAGGAAUUUCAGGCGACCCAGGCAUCGACGGGCCUCAGGGUCUGCGCGGCCGCGACGGUUCGGACGGGCUCAGGGGCGAAAGAGGCGUCGACGGCCUCGUGCUGGACGCUCCGCCAGGGCCCAAAGGCCUUCCAGGAGACAGAGGUCCCAGCGGCCAGAACGGACGCUUCGGCCGCCCUGGCGAUUCCGGCGUCACAGGUCAGGACGGCAACAAGGGCGAAAAAGGAGAAAUCGGGUUGGCGGGCUUCGAUGGUCGACCCGGCCUGCCAGGGAAAGACGGCUUCCGAGGCGGAAGGGGCGACCCUGGAAUGAUCGGACCUGACGGGGAAAAGGGAGAAUUCGGCAUGGACGGAGACCCUGGCGCUUUCGGCCGCCCGGGAAUGAAGGGAAAUCCAGGCCUGCCCGGUCCUCAGGGUCUGCCGGGCCCGAAAGGUUUGAAAGGCUUCGUGGGCGAUCCGGGCUUCACACCCUACACGGAAGGGUCGAAGGGCGAACCCGGCGAGACGGGACUGUUCGGUCAGAUCGGCUUCAAAGGCAUCCGCGGCGAGCAGGGCCGACCCGGCGUCAAAGGGCCUCCGGGUCCUCGUGGCAAUCCAGGAGCCCCCGGACUGACCGGACUGCCAGGCGAAUUGGGCGUAAAGGGCGGCAAGGGCAUGCGCGGACCGCCCGGACUGCCAGGAAUGGAGCCGCGAGAUGCUGAGAGGGGAGACGAGGGCGUGCCGGGCUUCGACGGCUUCCCUGGCCGUCCUGGACGCGUUGGGCAGAAGGGCAGCCCUGGCGGCUACGGCGAAGACGGACCUAAAGGCCGACAAGGACCUCCAGGGUUCAGCAUUACGGGCGUGAAAGGAUUGAUCGGCAACGUGGGUCUCCCGGGCGCCGCGGGAAUCAACGGACGCGACGGAUACCCUGGCGAGACUGGUGAUCCUGGUCUGUCUGGUUUGAAGGGAAUGCGUGGCGACCCUGGCAGACCUCCCGCAGGGUCAAAGGGGCAGCCGGGCGACAUCGGAAUGCCGGGACUGGACGGCUGGCCGGGAGUCAAAGGUGACAUCGGACUGAGGGGCCUGGACGGCAUACCUGGCAGGAAGGGACCCAACGGAGAGGCCGGAGUGCCCGGCCCUGAGGGUGUGCCCGGCAUUGGCGGCCCACCUGGCCUACCGGGUGACGUAGGCGAUCCUGGAGAUCCAGCGCCGAUUCCCUCGGACUUCUACAAACCAGGGCCGCCAGGGGAAAAGGGAGAGCCAGGGCUGCCGGGCAUGUGGGGCAUCAAGGGCGGCACCGGCGACCGCGGCCUCGACGGACUGCCGGGCAUGCGCGGAGGAAUGGGCAUCGACGGCCGGCCGGGCUUACCGGGACCUCCAGGACAGCGUGGCUUCCCAGGGGACAGGGCCAGGGACGGAUUCCCCGGACAACCCGGCAUUCCAGGUCUUCCCGGGGGUCGAGGUCCUCCGGCGCUGCAGCACUCGGGUCCGAAGAGCCGCGGCUUCGUGUUCACGCGUCACUCGCAGUCGGUGCUGGUGCCGGCGUGUCCGGCGGGCAGCACGCGUCUCUGGGACGGCUACUCGCUGCUGCACUUCACGGGGAACGCGAAGGCGCACGGGCAGGACCUGGGCGCGCCGGGCAGCUGCCUGCGCCGCUUCUCGGCCAUGCCCUACCUUUUCUGCAAUCUGAACAACGUGUGCGACUACGCCAGCCGCUCCGACUACUCCUACUGGCUCAGCACCUCCGAGCCCAUGCCCAUGAGCAUGGCGCCGGUCGCCGCGCCCGACGUCCGCCGCUACGUGUCGCGCUGCUCCGUCUGCGAGGCGCCCACCCGCCUCCUCGCCCUCCACUCCCAGUCCAUGGUGCUGCCCUCCUGCCCCAACGGCUGGUCCGAGCUCUGGAUGGGCUACAGCUUCCUCAUGCACACGGAUUCGGGUGCUGAGGGCAGCGGACAGGCGCUAGCCUCGCCAGGGUCGUGCCUGGAGGAGUUCAGGGCGUCACCUUUCAUCGAGUGCCAAGGAAUCGGCCGCUGCAACUACUACUCGACGGCCUACUCGUACUGGCUGGCCACGCUAGACGACAUGGACAUGUUCCGCAGGCCACGGCCGCAGACCCUGAAGGCCGCCGACCUGACCAAGCGCAUCAGCCGCUGCGUCGUGUGUCUCAAGCAGAAGCCCGGCGACGCCGCGGCGCCGCCAUCUACGAUACCUGCGCAGUUCGAGGCGGCGCCGGUGCGCACGCGGCGGCCCAACUCGGGCCGGAGGCGCGACCCCACCUUCAGGGGCUGACGUGAUACUCUCUCAUCUUUCUAGUUCUAAUUCUAAUCACGCCGCUUUAAUUUAACGAAAAUAAAAAGUCGUGCGCGCUGCCGCCAUCUUGGAAAGUGCGAUUCCAAAGCAGCUAGCUUUUAGGCAUGCGCAGUAGUUAUUGGUGCGCAUUACGCAUGCGCAGUCGGGUUUUUCGGACUGAGGAUUGAAACUCGGUUAGUUUAUGACCGACUGCGCAUGCGCAGGGCGCACCAAUAACUACUGCGCAGCCUGUUUUCCAGUCUCGCUACUGCCAUACUUUAAUCUAGUGAAAUGUAAGUUGACUAUUUUGUUAAAUAAUUUAAUUAAUUCCAAGUGAAAGAGUGUACGAAGAGGAGAAAUAAAAGCUGGGUCGUAUUAAUAUAAUAA